AUCUUCUCUAAUCUUCUCCCUCCAUAGUUUACACUGUCCACUUGUAGAAUCUGUAUGUAUACAAAUAUACAAUCUAUGUAGUUGGCUACGUUUGACAGCUUUUGACAAAUUACCUGCAUCGUUACCAUCAUCAUAAUUAUUAUCACGGUCAAUGUUUUCUCGACUUAGUCAAGUAAUUACUGUCUCACAACGCAGUUUAAUAUUUGAUUUGCAAAUUAAAAAAUCUCACAUGAUGGUGACUUGUAAAAAAUACGUAUUGGUUAAACAUUUUAAAGGUGAACCAAAACCAUCAGAUUUAGAGAUUGUUGAGGAACAACUUCCAGCAAUUAAGGAUAAUGAAAUUUUGGUUGAAGCAGAGUAUUUAUCUGUUGAUCCUUAUAUGAGACCAUACGUUGCUCGUUUUCCAACUGGAAUAACAAUGAUUGGAAGUCAGGUUGCUAAAAUAAUUGAAUCAAAAUCAUCAAAGUAUCCAGUUGGUAAAAGAAUUGUGGGUAGUUUAGGCUGGCGUACACAUACAAUUAUAAAUACUGAGGAUCAAAAAGCAGAUUCAUUGGGAACACCUGGGAAUUAUAUAUUACCAGAAAUUGGUGAUUUACCAGCUUCUGUAGGUCUUGGUGUUCUUGGAAUGCCUGGUAAUACUGCAUAUUUUGGUUUUUUGGAUAUUUGUCAGCCAAAAGCUGGUGAAACGCUUGUUGUUUCUGGUGCUGCUGGUGCUGUUGGAAGUCUUGUUGGUCAAAUUGGAAAAAUAAAAGGUCUCACUGUCAUUGGAAUUGCUGGAUCUGAUGAUAAAUGUCAAUGGUUAAAAAAUGAAUGUGGUUUUGAUCAUACAAUUAAUUAUAAAACUCAGAAUGUUGGUGUUGAAUUAAAAAAAUUAGCACCUGAUGGUGUUGAUUGUUACUUUGACAAUGUUGGAGGUGAUAUUUCAACAACUGUUAUGUAUCAAAUGAAAUUAUUUGGUAGAGUAUCGGUUUGUGGUAGUAUUUCAUCAUACAAUGCAGAUGUUAAUGCUCAACCAAAAACAACAAUUUUACAACCAGCAAUUGUUUUUAAUCAACUUAAAAUUGAAGGAUUUAUUGUAACUCGAUGGGCAGAUAAAUGGCAAGAAGGAAUCGUUCAAAAUCUUAAAUGGAUUCAAGAAGGAAAACUUAAAUAUCGUGAAACUGUUACAUAUGGUUUUGAAAAUAUGUUUAAUGCAUUUGCUGGAAUGUUGAAAGGUGAAAAUACUGGUAAAGCUAUUGUCAAAGUCUAGACAAUUAACGAAAAUCAACAUUUAAUUUUUCAUUAUAGAAUAAUUUUGUAAAUUAAUAACGUGCUUCCAAAAAUGAUUACACCUAAGCAUUUUUCUAAACAAAUAUUAUUUUUCUAAUGUAAAAUUUAUGUCUUUAUCAAAAAAAAAAAAAAAAAUACAUACUAUUUACUAUGUCCAAUUACAAGUUGAUUUUUGUCAAAAAUAUUGAGUUAACUGAUCAAAUCUAGAUAUCAUAUAUUCAUCAUUAUAAAUUUUUUAAUUUUUAGUUAAAUUAUUUUUCAUAAAUCCAGCAAGUUUUUCGUGUAUUUUUGGUAUUUGAAAAAAAUGAAAAAAUAAAAAAGUGAUAAAAUAUAAU